ACUGCCGUCACUCAACGUUCCAUUGUCCGUGGAUUGGUGCAGCAGCGCGGGCGGAUUCCUCCCUGGGCUCGGUCUUCAAGGGUCGCGGAGAGCGAAUGUCGUCAUGAGCGAACAACAGGACAGUAUGGCCACCACUGUUGCUGUCAGUCCCAGUGAAUACCUUCAGCCCUCCACUGCUUCCACACAAGACACCCAGCCCUCUCCUCUGGCCCUCCUGGCUGCCACCUGUAGUAAAAUAGGCCCUCCUGCUGCUCAGGCUCCUGUCACUUCUCCUCCACCGCAGCCACAGCCUCGCAGGCUCCUCCCCAUAAAGCCAGCUCCAAUCGCCCCUGCUCCACCCAAAAACCUGGGGUUCCUGUCAGCGAAGGGCAAUGUGAUCCAGUUACCUGCCGGCCUGGGCUCCCAGGCCUCUGGUAGUCCCAUCGUACUCACUAUCCAGCAGAGCCCGGCCCGCAACAACACCACCUCCUCCGCUAACAUCCAGUACCAGAUGGUGCCACAGAUCCAGGGUGCCCAGACUAUCCAGGUGAUGCAACAGGGAGGACAAAUCCAGCUCAUACCGGGCACCAACCAGGCCAUCAUAACAACCCCAAUGACUGUUCAAGCUCCCAAUGCUGCCACCGCUCCCGUCACCCCACAGAAGACUGUAGCCAUCAAGCCCUCCCCCAAGCUGCGCAAGCCAAACAACUCUACGACAAACAUGGUUCAGCUGCCGAGCGGGCUCACGCUGCCACUUAAUGUAGCGACAGGUGAGAUGGGAGGGACUCAAAUCAUCACAGAGACAGCAGCUGCUCUACCGAUUCCAGGAAAAGGGCGAAGAGGGAGAAAGAAGAAAGUGAUUCUAGCUGCUCAGCCUCCUCCUCUCCCCCCUGCACAGGCUGCCUCCCCUCCCCCCGAGCAGAUGGAGACCAUCCUGAUAGAAGCUGGAGACAACAUCAUACAGGCAGGUAACAACCUCCUGAUUGUGCAGAGUCCUGGACAGCCAGCUAUGGUGCAGCAGGUCCAGUUGGUCCAGUCCAAACCAGAGUCUCAGGUGGUCCAGAUACCCCAGCAGGCCUUGAAGGUGGUGCAAGCUGCGUCUGCCACCUUGCCACAGGUCCCACAGAGACAGUCAGUCCCCACAAGCCUGCAGGUCACUCCAACAGAACCAUCACCGACACAGUUCCUCUUCAAAACAGCGUCGGGUGAGUGGCAGUCUGUUCAGCUCCAGGACUCCAUCUCCACAACAACGUCACCCACCACUCCGGUCACUCCCACCAACACCACCAUCUCUCCACCAACUACCGCCAAGAGGACACUGGCAGGGGGACGGAAGGAACGGACUUUGGCAAAAAUUGCACCAGCGGGGGGGAUGAUAUCGCUCAAUGCAUCCCCGCUAUCCUCAGCAGCUCAGGCGGUGCAGACGAUUAGCAUCAACGGGGUCCAAGUUCAGGGGGUUCCUGUAACCAUCACAAACGCAGGGGGCCAGCAGCACCUCACUGUGCAGACAAUGCAGGGCGGAGGACUCCAGCUGGCAACAACGCAGGGCCAGCAGGCCAUCCAGGUAGACCAGACCCUCACCUUGGAGCUGCCUAGCCAGCCAGGAGAGAAAAAACGGCGGAUGGCUUGCACCUGUCCCAACUGUAAAGAUGCAGACAAGAGGCCAGGAGAGAUUGGGAAGAGGAAGCACAUCUGCCACGUUCCUGGCUGUGAGAAAACGUUUAGGAAAACAUCGCUGCUCAGAGCUCAUGUCCGGCUACACACCGGUGAAAGACCCUUCGUCUGCAACUGGGUUUUCUGUGGGAAACGUUUCACACGCAGUGACGAGCUGCAGCGGCAUGCCAGGACACACACAGGAGACAAGCGCUUUGAAUGCAGCCAGUGUCAAAAACGCUUCAUGAGGAGUGACCACCUGACGAAGCAUUACAAGACUCACAUAAACACAAAAAACCUGUGAGCUGCCUGUUUAUGGAGUGUAUACUCAGACAAACUCUCUAAAACUGAAGACUGAAUAAGAGGAAGUAUAGACAGAGGAGAUGAUAACAAGGGAGUGUCUGUGAUCCCAUUAUGGGAAAUAACUCUCAAAAAAAGUCCCUUAUAUUCCCUCUCACUCCACUAGGACACUGUGUAGCGUCGUGUACAAAAAUAUCCUCUCUGGUGGACUUAAAAAUCCUUCAGUAAAUUAAUAAAUAAUAGUUUAUCCUGUUGUUUAUUACCCUCUGGUAUGAGCGGUAACCAGAAUCAGCUCCAACUGAACCAGUCAGAUGACAAGAUGACCAGGCUUCUGACUGGAGGCUCAGCUCUGCUUGCUUAUUUAUUCUCUGAAGGAACAGUGACACAUUUAUCCAACUAUCAACAACGGGACCGCAGGACUCCAGUCAGUCAAAAGUAUUAUUUUUUUGUUUGUUUCUUUCCCCAAAUGCUGCUUGGUUUUUUAUUUGUUUGUUGUGAACAUUGGGAGCUCUAACAAAUUGGCUCACCAAAAAAAAGAGAAAAAUUAUCGCCAAGUUUUGUAUUUAAACUUCUAUUUAAAAGAAAUCUGUUUUAAGAAAUCACUGCUAGCUCAAAGUUUGACUUCCCCCAAGAAUUUGUUUACAUUACAUAAAAACACACCAUACAAUACUUUCAAAAAUCCUUUAGAGGUUUACACCAGCUAUUUUUAAAGUGCGUAUAUGCAUACUAUUAUACUAAAUAUAAUGAAUAAACUAAUACGUAUUUUGAAUACAGUUGUUACACAUUGAUUUAUGUAGUAGGCAUGUAGAAAAUCUUUACCAAAACAAAGGAAACAGACUUAAUGAGAAUCACAGUUAAUAGCAGCAGGCUAUAAGUCUUGCAGCAGAGAGACAGAGAAUGUAAAAAAUUAUAUUGUCAUUUUAUCCCUUGCUCGAUUACUCUAAGGGUACUGAUAAAGCUGGUCUGAGCUCCUCCAGCGGAUCGACCCAAGAUUUGAAAUGCAGCCACUUGGCAGCCAAGACCUCAAAUCAAAACAGCAGCACUUCAGGCUGGGCUCGGGCAUGAAAGAGGUUUAAUGUUCAGUUCAGAAACUGAAAACCCUGUGCCUUAGAAGUUGUCAUUUAAAUUUUAAAUCAACUUCUACUCAAGUGGCUGAAAUGUGAUAGGUACAAUUAAAUCUUUGAGAACACACUGAUUCCAGCCUGGAAGUUAACACCACCAAGCUAAAUGCAAAAAGAUGAAAGAAUGUACACAUUUCAAUUGGAGUUUUCUUUGAAAUAGGACUUCCUUUAAUGGAGAGAAGAAAAACAUUUGAUAGACACCAAAUCAAGGGUACAAUUUUUAAACCUUACUCGGGUUAAAGUUAAGGUCUUAAGUUGGUUAAUUGCAGUUAAGAGCACAGACUGCACUAAUAAGACUUUUUUUUUCAAUAUUAAGAACCUUCUGUAAGGCCAUUACUGAGGAUUUCAAAGAAGCCUAAAUCGACCAUUUAAUGGUUUAUAAAAUACUUAAGCAGACAUGUUAAAUUGAAAAUAAAGAGGAUCCAGGACUGAUCCCUGUGGAACACCAGACCCUAACCCAUUUUGUAAUUGAGAUAGUAUUUUUGUGAUGAUCAGUAAUCAGAAGCAUACAUUGCAAGCAUGUAAUUUUAAAAUUAUAGCGGACCCAGGACUGAACUUUAAAAACCCAACUUUCGACUCCAUCAAAUUCUCUUCUCUAGUUUUCUGUGAAGCAGAUUUUUAUGGUCAAGCCGUUACAGGGUGUCACCUCUAAAUACAAAGUUGCAUCUCAGUUGAAAGAUGUUUUGUAAUACCUUAUUCAAUUUCUUCAAAAAUGUUAUAAGCUCUAAGGAAACACUCUUUUUGUAACUUUCAAUACUUUAAAAUAAUAAUUAAAAAGGUAAAAUAUGGAUUUUACAAACAUUUCUGUUAUCAAUGAUGGCAGAUUCUUAAAGUUAGGACCCUGUGAAAAUAAAACCGCAUGGGAUAGUUUGCUCAUAAUUUUAAUAUACACCAUAAAAAGACACAUUAAAUUGUCAAACUGAGAAACAGUUUUUCUCUUAAUAUACCUGUACACAUUAAGAAUUUGAUUCCUGUCAUCUUGCUUAACAAUGUACAACAGUGGUUCCCAACCAUUUUUCCUUGGAGCCACCCCCUUGUAUCCCAGAAAAUCUUAGUCCCCCCAGGACCCACAUGAUGAAAAGUGAUACAUUCAUUAGAUUCUUUACCUUAAUAAUUGUCUUUUUUCUAAUAUAAGCUUGACAUUAUUUUAACAUCCCAACAGAAUGUGUGUUCAUAAAUACCUGUUCAUAUCUAUCCAGUUGGUGUGUUUUCAUGAUUUUGGUUAACAUGUGCAAAUCAAAAUUUGACAACCUCAGGGAAGACAAAGCCUUGCGCCCCCAAGUCCAAAACGUUCUAAUAGUCUGAAGAUUGGGCUCAAUAUGGUCUAUAGGUGCUAAGAGUUUAAUCAAGUGAAAAAUUAGUGAUAAUGAACCCAGUCACAACUUUCAACCAGGUUGUUACACACAGUAGCUGGUUAUCCAUCUUAGUUGCCACAACAGGUACGCUUCUAAGGUCUGUGUAUGGUUAUGAUACUGAGUGGUACUUAAUUGUGUCCUCAGCACUAUUUGUUGAAACUGUCAAGUACUUAAAGUUGGCAUUCGAUUUUUGACCAGAUUCACUUCACUGUUUAAUUGUUCUUUUAUCACAAUGCUCUAGAUUUUGAAGUUUUGUGGUUUUCAGCAUUUGUUUCAAGUUAAAUUCUUGAAUUACUGCGCAUGUUUUAAUCUAACUUAAAAACUCUCUCUUCAGUUAACCAAAAGUCUUUUUUCUUUUUCAAUUUAAAGGUUUGACUUUUUAUGAUAAGACUAUUUUCCAAAAAGAUUUUUAUACUUUUCAAAAUGAGGUGUCAAAAAAGGAAUAAAUUGGUAACUGUACCAAUUAGUACCCAGCCCUACUUACACUUUCUGUACUUAGAAAUAUGACCCACUUAUUUCCUGGGUAACUCUGUCAUUCUGCUUUUGCUAAGGGUAUGAUUUUGAUUGAAAAUUUGUAGCCUUUGCAUUGCUGUACAUAUGAUCAGAUUUUCAAUGGCCUGCCUGACAAUCACAUCCCAAAAUGAAAAAAAACCCCACAUCUUUCUCAGGCCUUUGGUCAGUUUCUUUGUACAUUAUUAUUCCGGCUAUGUGAUAGCUUUAAUUUUGAUUUAAAACUUGAAAUUUUUAAUAUACAUUCAGGCAAGCAUUGGGCCUACUGUACAGUAUUCAAGUAACGUAAAUAUCCUUUGCUUAACAGAAUACAAUUAGUUGAUUAUAUUGUUUUUCUACAAUUUGGAUUUCCUGAACUUUUCCAAGUCUUUAAAAAACUGUCUUUGUCUUGGAUUUCGUUUCAUUUAAAGAAAUACACCAACUCAUUUACAAAUAAGCUUUUUUGGUGCCAUCAAACAGCAGGUAGCUAGCAGGUAGCUGUGUUGUGUUUUCACUGGGGAAGUUUUGAUACAGUGAUAAACACAUUUGGCGGAUGGUUCCACCUUGCCUAAGGGCUUUUUUUUUUUCUCUUCACAACUGAGAAAUUCAACCAAUAAGUGCAAGUCCACAUUUGAUUUGGAAGUACUUUGAAGGUGAAAGUGUUACACAGGGGAGACAAAUAAUCUUAGGUGGCCAAUAUUUGGUGUAUUAUUAUUCAAGAAUGUGUCUGAGGACAUGUAAUGCCAUUGGGAUUGAUGGACAGAACCUGCCCAUAUUUAUGUUCGUCAUUCAUGUUUAAAUCUGUAAAUACAGCGUGUGUCUGGAAGACACGGUCAAUGUAGAAUAUUUGUGAACAAAAGUUAAGCUGCCUAUAGUUGUGGUUGGCGUGGCCAGCCAUGAAGGAAAUGGAUUUUGUACAGUGUGUAAGGAAUAAAAUAUAAUGUGACAUUGUAUAGCUUCAUUCCUGCUUUGUGUAAGACUUCUAGAUCUUUCUUUCUAUUGAAUUAAAGAUGACUCAGACAGAUGCACCAAGUAUUAAAGGUUUUUAUUUUCUAACUCCUGGCAACAUUUGUUUUGUUAUUAUUUCUUUUAACUUAUGUUACAUACCAAUGAAAUGUGCACUGAUUCCAGUUUCCAAAAUUUGUAAUUCUGAUCUUGAUUGUAAUUUAAUAUAACCAAAUUUUCCAAUUUCAUUUUUUGCUUGGUUUGAGUGAGUUAAAUGCGUCACCUUUCCCAAGCCUAGAUGUCAUUAAAAGGGUUCUGCAACCAUUUUUAAUGCGCAUAGACCAGUGAACCAGCAAUUUGUAAUAUAACUUGUUUAAAGGUGCUUAACAUAAAAUUUGCUCCUUUUAUACAGUCACCACUCAAUAAAGAACUCUGUUUUUUUUUA